GGGGAGCCCAAGUGGAGUGACGCGGUCGAGGAGGGGCGUGCGGGGGGCAGAGACAGAGAGGGAGCGCAAAGGGACGGCGGAGGCAAGCUAGCUUCCCGGGGGCGGACGCACCGAGAGAGGGCGGCGGGAGGGAGGAGGCGCGUGGGAGCCAUGCUUCUCCCCUCUUCUUCGUCUUCCUCCUACGAUCCCAAAGGUGACUCCUUUGGGAAAUCGGUUGACGAUCAUAUGAGGUCAACUUUGACUUUUGGUGAUAAGCAUUCUGUAUUUGCAAGUCAAAACACUGACUAUGGCCACCCAAUGGCUUGCAUUUCAUACCCAUUCAAUGAUUCUGGUUCUGUUUGGGCGGCCUAUGGGUCACGGGCUAUGUUCCAGCCCCUCAUGGCGGGAGGAGGGGCAUCUGCGACGGCAAGAGUUCCAUUGCCUGUCGAAUUAGCAGCGGAUGAGCCCAUAUUUGUCAAUCCCAAACAAUAUAAUGGGAUUCUCCGGCGAAGGCAGCUGCGCGCCAAGUUAGAGGCCCAGAAUAAACUCACAAAAAACAGAAAGCCCUACCUCCACGAGUCUCGCCAUCUUCACGCAAUGAAGCGGGCAAGAGGUUCCGGGGGACGUUUCCUCAAUUCCAAACAGCUGAAGCAGCAGCAGCAGCAGUCUGGCAGUGCAUGCACGAAGGCCAUUGCGGAUGGCGCGAAUUCCUUGGGUUCAACCCAUCUACGGCUAGGCAGCGGCGCAGCCGGAGACCGAAGCAACUCGGCGUCCAAGGCGAUGUCCUCCCAAGAGAACAGCAAGAGAGUCGCCGCCCCGGCUCCCGCCUUCACCAUGAUUCAAGCGGCGCGCAAAGACGACGACUUCUUCCACCAUCACGGCCACCAUCUCAGCUUCUCCGGCCACUUCGGCCAGUCGAGCGACCGGUAUACGUAAUAAGGGGUCCUCUGUGCCCCGGUGUGGUCUGGCAACUCAUCCUUGGCUUUAUUUCUGGCGUGUUAGGGUUUCAGAGAUAGUGUAUCUCAUAGUACUACUGUUGUACUGCUUUGCAGCCCACAUAGUUCUCUGCUUGAUGUUCGGCAUGCAAAUGUUGGUGUACUGGUGCGUUGGGACAAAAGUUUGAUGUGUUUACAUGACAAUUGGUCGCGGAACUCAUCUUGUGUUCUGCUCGACUCUAAUGUGUGUGCUCACAUGUGAAUUCCGUAAA